ACUCUACUGAAAUCAAUUCCGCCGUCUUCCAUGGUUUCUUCGUUAUUCGCUCUUCCAUCGUUGUUAUUUUUUGGGUUUUUCUCGAUCGAUUCAUUCUCUCUGUGAAUUGGUAAUACCCUCAUGAUUCUUUCUUCCACUAUGUUCGGAAUUGGGGUCCGAUUCGUCCCAACGGAUGCAGAGCUCAUCUACCAUCUCCGCAACAAGAUCUCCAACCCAGAUUACUGUCAUCCGUCGAUUGUUGUGAUGGACGUAUACAAGCAAGCACCGUGGUGUCUGCCUUGGGACCAGGCCAAGAACCGAUUUUUUCUUGGCAAUGAGCGGUUUUAUUUCGUUAAAAGAAUGGGCACGGGAAAGAGGGCAAAACGCACCCUGGAUCUUGGAGGAGAUGUUGAAGGUGCGACAUGGAAACCCAACCAGAAAGCAACGCCGAUUCUAGGCGAGGGAACCGGUGCUACGAUCGGUUAUGUAACGUCUCUGACUUUGAUCUUCAAGAACAGAGGGAAGGGCGAUUGGAUAAUGCAUGAGUACAUGAUUGACAAUGAAAAGAAUGUUCAGGAGUACUGGAUUCUGUGUCGGGUAAAGUAUACCGGAAAAGGGUCAUUAUUCAUGGCUUCUACUUUGACAUCGACUGUCCGUGAUGCUCUGCCUCAGACGCCGGAAUCCAUCGUGGUAAGUGGAGGUCCUGAUUCGCUGCCGCCGUUAAAGAGACAGAGGACUGUUGGAUUGGUUCAAGAACCAACAAAUCUGGUGCAAGAAACAUGGGGUUUGGAGGGUAUGGAGGUUUAUACCGGUGAAGGGUCAUUAUUCAUGGCUUCUACUUCGACAUCGACUGUACCUGAUUCUCUGCCUCAGGCGCCGCAAUCCAUAGUGGCGAGCGAAGGUCCUGAUUCGCUACCGCCGUUAAAGAGACAGAGGACUGUCGAAUUGGUUCGAGAACCAACAACUCUGGUGCAAUUAGAAACAGGGGGUUUGGGGGAUAUGGAGGGUUCGUUUGUUGGGGGAGAGGGUGCAGAUGAUACUGAACUCUAUGUUGACGAACUAGAAAGGAUGUUAGAGCAAUCAGAGCAAGAGGAAGAGGGUUUGGCGGUGGAGAGUCUGGUAGAUCAAGUGGAACAACCUUUAGAGGUGUCAGAAGGAGGAGAUCAUCAGGGUCUGGUUGAAGAAAACUUCUGGGAAAACCUCAACUUGGUGGAUGAUAAGCAGGGUCUGGUUGAAGAAAACUUCUGGGAAAACCUCAACUUGGUGGAUGAUAAGCAGGGUCUGGUUGAAGAAAACUUCUGGGAAAACCUCAACCUGGUGGAUGAUCAAGCUUUUAAUGAUGAAGAUUACUUCAUGUCAUUGAGCUACUCUGAACUUAUUGAUCAAUGUAUCUAAAGCAGGUGUUGGUGGUGGAGAGCUGAACUUAGAAUGUAAUUGAAAGUUCAGUUGAGAAGACAUUAAUUUGUAGAACCUGAAUUUGGGAAGUAUAUAUAUGUAUGUCAUUCAAGUGUUUACUGAAAGCAUUGCCAGAAUUAGGAAUGCAAUUGAAAGUUUCUAUUAUAGCUAGGCUAGCUAGACAUAAAACCUCUUUAUAAGUAGGUAAAUUUCGUGUUUACUUGACCCGGCCCUUCUCGGGGAUGUUUUGUCACACUGACUGAACCAUGUAAAUUUCCUGCUUCUGUUCUUAUUAUCUUUUCAUCAUUUGCUUGCACGAUUAAUUGAGAUUUUAUUUCAUGUUCUUAUUGCAAUAGAUUAGGUAAGUUUAA